AUGGCAAUGACCAGCGCUUUAGGGGACCAGGACGGUUCACACUAUAGGGCACCAGGAACUGCCAGAUCUUCAACAGCAGCUUCCACCACUUCCAGUUCCACCAGAAUCGCCCUCUUCAACUCCCUCACGCCAUCAAGUACCGCUCUUGUGAGCGAGUGCGCAGAUACACCAUACCGUCCACUACCAAGAUCAUUGAAGAUAUCAUGGCAGUGGAAUAAACUACGAACGUUCUUUAUCGGCACUGAAUCCAGCUCAAAGAUGUUUGCCGUAACAGAACACUCUGGACUUUUCGGUCGUACUUCAGGUGCGCCUUGCUUGCUCCUACACAACGGCCCUACCGGAAAGGAUCCGAUAUUAGCAGCAGCUGGCGAAACUUUGCGAGACGGUCUGUCCGAUCCAGGUGUUUUAGAAAGCAUUGUCAAUGUCUCUGGGGCACCCGGAACGGAUAACAGAGUUGCUACCGAGAUUGUUCAGGCACUAUACGAUGAUAUUGAACAAUGUAUUGUAUUCCGAUGGGCAAUCGAAUCAAAACCAGAAGAGGCAGGACAAGAUGGCAUCUUCACGAGAGAAGAGUUUGAAUGGACGAUGACACCGAUACAAGCGGCAACAGACGCUAAAUACUGCCACGAAUUCAAGCUGUACCGUGUUGGCGAUGUGAAGGCGCCGAAUGAGUACCUGGCUAUGGCUUCAUGGAAAGAGGCAGCAUGGAAGACCUGCAAGAUUGAUUUCUCAGAUAAUGGAAUCCAGAAAGGUUUUGGAGACCGGUGGUCUCUUAUGGUUAUUAUGUCUGCAUUGCGGAUGUGGCAGCUUGGUCGAUCAGGACAAGCAUCACUAGAGUACGUAUCAAAUUGA